AUGGAUGAUCCAAUUGGCAAAGCAGGAUUGGCUCACUACUUUGAACAUUUAAUGUUUGAAACUACAGGGAAGUUCACAGAUAUAGAAGCCACUAUGAGUAGCAUUGGGGCCCAGUUUAAUGCGUUUACUACUAAGGAAUAUACCUGUUACUACGAAUUAGUCCUUAAAAAUGACUUACCAAUGGCAAUGGAAGUUGAAGCAGACAGAAUGGGCAAUUUCAAUGUUACCCAAGAUAAAAUAGAAGGAGAAAAAAACAUUGUACUGGAAGAGAGGAAGAUGAGAUUUGAUAAUUAUCCUAACAGCUUGUUGCGGGAAGAAAUGGAUAGUGCAUUUUACCGUACUGGCUAUGGCAGGUCUGUUAUUGACUGGGAGAGCGAUAUCACAACUUACAAUCAGGAUGACAUAACGAGGUUUCAUGAUAACUAUUAUCACCCCGGCAAUGCAAUAUUACUUAUUGUGGGUGAUGUGGAAUUUGAUGAAGUAGUGAAGCUAGCAGAAGAAAAAUAUGGCCAAAUUAAAGCUAAGCCUGUAAUGAGACAUUACCCAAAUCAGGAUCCAGCUCAUAAUGCAGGUUUAUCGGUGAUUUUAGAGAGCACUGAAGUAAAAGAAACAGUUUUAUAUUUUCGUUAUCGUGUUUCUUUAUUUAAGCACACAAGUGAAACCUCUGCUGCUCAUUUAGCGGUUGACAUUUUAGGUGGCGGCAAAUCCAGCAAACUGUAUAAAAAUUUGGUGUUAGAUAAAGAUGUGGCAGUAUCAGUAUCUGCUUAUUACAAUAGUUUAACUUUUAGUGAUGGCUACAUUGAUAUUAAAAUAAUUCCAAAAAGCGGAAUUAAUUUAGAUAUUGUUGAAAGAGAGUUAGACAAUGCUAUUAAUAACUUCAUGUCUAAAGGGAUAACGGAUGAGGAACUGCAAAGCUCGAAGUAUAGAUACAAAGUAGCACAGUUUGAUGAUCUAUCUGACUUAACUCAUAUAUCAAUGUUUUAUGUGCCACGCCUUGCACUUGGUAUUCCACUUGAUGAAAUAGAUAUUUCAUAUAGCAAGAUUAAUGAUGUCAAUUUAGAGGAUGCAAGUGUUAACCUAAAUAUAGAGAAGGUUACUACACAUGAAGGAUUUAGGUUUCUAUUUGUUGAAAACCACGAUUUACCAAAAAUUUCACUUAAUAUAUCAUUCAAAGAUGCAGGUUAUGCAUAUGAAAAUGUAGAAAAACAAGGACUUGCCUGGUUUGCUUCUCUUAUAAUUCAAGAAGGGGCAGGAAAAAAUGAUGCCAAAGAUUUUGCAAAAAGGCUAGAAGAUAAAGGGAUUAGUUUAAAUUUUAUUGCUGGUUUAGAAGCAUUUAGAGUUUCAUUAGAUGCUUUAUCAGAAAAUCUUGAAGAAGGUAUUUCAUUAUUGAGCGACGCUAUAAUGCGUCCUAAAGUUGACCCUGAAGGGUUGAAUAGAGUUUUCGAGAAAGCCAAAGUUUAUUUUAAUAAUCUUGAAAAAAAUCCUUUUUUUAUUGCUGGAGAAGAAUUGAAUACGUUAUUGUUUAAAAAGCAUCCUUACUCAAAAAGUGAAUAUGGAACGCUUGACACUGUAAUGAGCAUUACUAGAGAUGAUGUUUUAACAUACAUAAAGCGUAAUUUUGCUAAAGAUAACAUAGUUAUCAGUGUUGCUGGUUGUGCAAAAAAAGAAGAAAUUAUUACAUUAUUAGAUAAAUAUUUAUCUAAAUUGCCGUCAAAAAGAUCAAAAGUUAGAAAAAUACCUGUGAAAAAUGAUUUUGGUCCUGCAGAGAAUAAAAACAUUUUUAUGGAUACACCACAGAGUGUAAUAUUUUUUGCUCUAAAAGGUAUAGCUUAUGAAGAUCCUUAUUAUUACAACGCAAGCGUCUUAAUUAAUGCACUUGGCGGCAUGGGGCUAAAUUCAAUAUUAAUGAAAGAAUUGAGACAAAAUUUGGGUAUUACUUAUGGUGUUUAUGCAAAUAUUAUUUCCAAUAAACAUGGGAAAGUUAUAGCUGGAAGUAUUAAUACUGAUAGUUCUACUGCUGGCAAAGCUAUAUCAGCAGUAAAAGAUACAUUUAGCAGGAUAAAAAAGGAAGGAAUUGAUGAGCAGUUGUUUCGGGAUAAAAAAUUAGUAUGGUAA